AGCACUAUCCUACCCUCGCCGUUGUGUUGGGCGGAACAGUCAGAUCCCAGUCCGGCAUCAUCCAUCGCUCCCAUCGCUAGUCGCGACUUUCAUCGAUGUGCGACUUUGGGGGGAAUUUCGUCGCAUCUGCAGUACAUAUCUGAUCGGAAGAGCCCCAUGUGCGGGCCCUAUUGAGAAUGGUGGUGGAUCGGGGACGACAGCGGCGGAAAGCACGUCGUCGGUGUACCAGAAUCCUCACCUUCUCUGGCCGGCCCUCCACGCUGUCUCGACGACACAAAAGUUCGGUAGAGGACAACCUUUGACCCAUGAUGCUAAACACAAACCACCGUCGCCAUGUUGUCACCACCGCACUGUAUCCCCCAAGAUCACCAUCGUCUGUGUGUAGAUGAUCACCCGAAGAUUCCUAGUCCCGCUGUAUGUCCCCAGGAGAGAAAUCAGUUGCGAGCCACCAGCCUCGCGCCACGCGCCCAUCAAGAAAGCAGCGCUGAUCAUCGAAGGAACUCCAAUACUUCUAGACCGACGAGAUUCCCAUACGUCCCACUGAGGAGCAGCAGCACCAGCAGCAGCAGCACCAGCAGCAGCUCCACAGGAAACCUCCCCACGACACGGCCUACCCACCGAUCGCAAGACCGCCGGCGCGCUGUCAAAAGUCGCUCUAGUGGGAAAAAAAGCCUAAAUUUCCAGUGGGACGUAUAGAUGGUCCGUCGUCCCAUGCAGGUGUGGUGUCGAUCACUUAUCAAUUGAUGGGGAGGAGGCGGCGGCGGCGGCGGCGAAGAGGAGAGAGGGAGCUUUCCCCGCAAAAAUUAGGGCCAAAUCCGUCUGUCUUGUCCCUUGUCAGGCCAGGCCGUGUGGUCGAUAAGCAUCUUUUCUCUUGUCACCCAUGUGAUGAGAUACGGCGAUGGAAAUCAACGAAGAUUUCGCUGUGGCCGGGUAUGUGAUCGAGGUGUGUGUAGAUGUGUAAUAACUGUAAGAGCGGAGGAGCGUAUGCUACGGGCAUUGCGCAAAUGCCCAGUCAUGGACAGCACAGGAAGAGGGAUCUGGCACGCUGGAGCUGAAGUGUACACAUAUCGUGACGAUACCUGAGUGAUGACAUGGAGACGACCACCGAAUUGGCCGCAUUGUCUUGCACCGG